CUCUACCACGAAAUUCUUACCCAAAAGAUUGCUUUGCCCAAGGUGGAGAAUCUAGUAAUGGCUCCCGCAACUCAGGAGGGAGAAGGUAUGACGGAAACCCCAUACCAGAGGGAAAAUGCAACGUUGGUGGUGUUGGUGCGGAACAACGAGGUCCGCAAGCUUUUAGUGACCAUUAAGGAACUAGAACUGCGAUUCAACAACAAAUUCCACUACCCAUACGUAUUCCUAAACAACAAGGCGUUCAACGAUGACUUUAAAAAUAAAAUCCUCGGUGUUCUCAACCACAAGGAUCAAGAGGUUUUCUUUGAGAAAAUCGAUCCAUCGGACUGGAACCAACCAGCAUUCAUCGACACACAGAAACAGAAUGCCGGGGUGGCACAUAUGGUCGAGGAAGACGUUGCCUACGCUAACAUGAUCUCAUACCACAACAUGUGCCGUUACAACUCCGGUAAGUUCUACCACCAUUCACGUAUGGCAAACUACAAGUACUACUGGCGCUUUGAACCGGGUACCCGCUAUUUCUGUGACAUAGACUACGAUGUCUUCAAGUUCAUGGCUGCUAACAAGAAGGUGUACGGAUUUGUCAUCAACUUGUAUGAUAUCCCGCAGUCUGUGGAGACCCUUUGGGCCACCACGAUAAAGUUUAUUGAAGAGAACCAGCAAUACAUCCACCCUAACGGAGCAUUCAGCUGGCUCACCGAAAGCGUGCAGAAUCUGCACAAGUAUGAAAUGACCAAAGGCUAUUCCACUUGCCAUUUCUGGUCGAACUUUGAAAUCGGUGAUAUGGACUUCUACCGUGGAGAAGCUUAUAGCAAGUGGUUUGACACGUUAGAAGCCGCUGGCGGGUUUUAUUACGAGAGAUGGGGCGAUGCUCCAGUGCAUUCGGUCGGCUUGGGACUCUUUGCCGAUAAGGAUUCGAUUCACUGGUUUAGAGAUAUUGGAUACGAACAUCCGCCGUAUCUUAAUUGUCCAAACCUGGACCGAUGCCAGGGUCGGUGUAAAGCGGGUGCAUUUAGUAGAGGAGGAAACUUGCUAGGUGAAAGCUGUUUGUCCACUUGGUGGGAAAAGGAAAUGAGCGAAGUCCAGCGGGGAUUGUACUAA